GAUUUUUAUACAAGAAGAAGACUCUCUCAUAAAAUAAAAUGAGAUACACUUCACAAUUUGAAAAACCCGUCGGCAAAGUGUCAAAAAUUCAUACCAUUUCUGACUUUGAUCAGUAACUUGAGAGUGAAAGAAAAUGUUUCUUUGUUCUGUUCGCUGCUAGAUAUACUGCGAGAUCUGAGCAUUAGCAUUCAAGAAAAUCUGUUUUUUUGCUUAUAAGAAAAAGAUGAAGUUUGGGAGGGAAUUAGCAUCCCAGAUGGUGCAAGAAUGGCAGGAAGCAUACAUGGACUAUAAUUAUCUCAAAACAUUGCUCAAAGAUGUCCUGAGAUUUCGACAGCAAAAUGCUUCAUCCUCUGAAGAAAUUUCUAGAACACGCUCUCUGCAGAGAAGGGUGUCCAUGUACAGAGCCUUUAGCGGGCUAACGAGUCGAUACAGUACCCUCAAAGGGUCUCCUAGGAAGAAUUCCCCAAGAAAGAAUGAGGAUGAAGUUAUACUAGUUAGUGCAGUCCAGGGAGAGGGUUCAGAAAGUUGUUAUCAAACCAUGUUCUUGAGAUCUUCAGAAGAAGGUGGAGAAUAUGAACUUGUUUUCUUUAGGAGACUUGAUGAUGAAUUCAAUAAAGUGGUUAAGUUUUACAAGAAUAAAGUGGAGGAAGUGAAAAUGGAGGCAAAGGAAUUGAGCAAACAAAUGGAUGCUCUUAUUGCUCUUCGAAUUCGAGUUGAUAAGCCUUCACUAGCACAAAAUUAUGCUCAAGAAAUGAAGUUUUCAUCAUCUGACGCCAGUGGUUCAUCCCCAGCAACAGUUAUUGCAACUGUGAAUGGAACUAAGCAAGGAGGAUUGCAUAUGGAUGUAAUUCAAGAAAUUGAGAUGGGGACUUGUGAAGAUGAAAAGAAGACAGAAAAAAAGGAUUCAAAUGGUUUUAGGCCUCCUUCAUUACAAGUUUUGGAUCAUGUAAAGAUCAAUGUGGAACCAGACACCCCAGUUUCGACUCUGAAAAAUGUCAUCAUGAGUUCAAAAUCUGAUCUAUCAUUCAGCAAGGAUGAACUAAGAAAAGCAGAAGAAAAGUUGAGACAGGCCUUCAUUGAAUUUUACCGGAAGCUUCGACUUCUGAAGAGCUAUUGUUUCUUGAAUAUGUUGGCAUUCUCCAAGAUUUUGAAGAAAUAUGACAAGAUAACUUCCAGGAAAGCUUCCAAGUCUUACUUAGAGAUGGUUGAUAAGUCCUAUCUUGGUAGCUCUGAUGAGGUUAACAGACUCAUAGAAAAAUUAGAGGCUACAUUUAUUAAGCACUUCUCGAAUGGAAAUCGAAGGAAAGGAAUGAACUCUUUGAAGACGCAAGUUAAGAAAGAGAGGCACAUGAUAACAUUUUUCCUUGGUUUGUUCACUGGCUGCUCAAUAGCACUGGUAGUGGCUAUUAUUGUCUCUAUACACGGGAGAAAUCUUCUUAACCACGAGGGACGUAGGCAGUAUAUGGACAAUAUAUUUCCACUUUACAGCUUAUUUGGAUUCAUUGUCCUACACAUGCUUAUGUACGGAGGGAACACGUACUUGUGGAGACAUUUCCGAGUGAACUAUCCAUUCAUAUUUGGAUUCAAGCAAGGAACAGAAUUGGGAUAUAGAGAAGUUUUUCUUCUAGCUUCCGGCCUUUCAGUACUCACGUUGGCUGCUGUACUCUCGAACCUUGACAUGGAGAUGGACCCGAGAACUAAAAGCUUCAAAACAUUGACUGAAUUGGUUCCAUUAGGUCUAGUCACUGUUCUGCUAUUUAUAACAUUUUGUCCAUUCAAUAUCAUAUAUCGUUCUAGUCGCUUCUUCCUCAUCCGAUGCGCUUGGCAUUGCCUUUGUGCACCUCUUUAUAAGGUUACUCUCCCUGAUUUCUUCUUGGCAGAUCAGCUUACGAGCCAGGUUCAGGCCUUCAGGAGUUUGCAAUUCUACAUCUGUUACUAUGGAUGGGGUAACUUCAAAGAGAGAUCAAACAACUGCCCCGACAGCGACGUUUAUAAUUCUUUUCUCAUUGUUGUCGCAGUUAUUCCAUUCUGGUCACGCUUUCUUCAAUGCCUACGCCGGUCGAUCGAGGAGAAAGAUCCAAUGCAGGGAUUUAAUGGCCUUAAAUACUUAUCAACAAUCGUGGCACUUGUGAUGAGGACAGUAUAUGAUUUAAAGAAAGGAAUGUUUUGGAAAAUCAUGGCUGCAUCUAGUUCAGGAGUUACGACAAUUUUCAGCACAUACUGGGAUAUUGUUAUUGAUUGGGGACUUUUGCAAAGGAAUGCAAAAAAUCCAUGGCUGAGAGAUAAACUUCUGGUGUCAAACAAGGCUGUGUACUUUGUAGCCAUAGUGUUUAACAUCCUCCUGAGACUGGUAUGGAUGCAGUUAGUUCUGGAUUUUAAUGAGGCACCAUUUCUCCAUAGGAGAGCCAUGAUUGCAGUUGUUGCCUGCCUCGAGAUACUUCGCCGCGGAAUUUGGAACUUUUUCAGGUUGGAGAAUGAACACUUGAACAACGUUGGAAAGUACCGGGCAUUUAAGUCGGUACCCUUGCCAUUUAACUACGAUGACGAUGACAAAAUUGUGUAACAAAAUGUUUUUGGGUGCCAAUAGCAUAGAAAGAUACAGAUUUUAUUUAUUUUUUGCUUUCUUGUACGAGAGUGAUAAAUGUACGAACAAAUGCAAAGAUCUGUAUAUCACAAGGGAUACUAUUCUUUC